AUGAAUUGCCCCUCGCGUAACGACGACACGCUGCAACAUCCAGGCUGGAGCCAAAAUCCGCCACCCUUCAGUCCAGACAUCACUACCCGCAAUGACUUCAAUGGCAUCGUCAAUUCUCGUGUGCGCCGCAAGAAUACGACAGGUACGGGCACAGGAACUGCAAUAGAUGACGAUACUAUAUCCAUCGAUACUCGAUCACUCAGUCGGCAAGAUUCUGAUCCCGGGACUGAGAAAACCCCCGGCGAGGUGGCCGCUACCUCGGGGUGCAAGACACCCACGAGAGCUAGCGGACCACCUCGCCGUCCUUUCAAAGAUUUUAUUUCUUCCAAUGCCUUGCAUUGUGCCCGCAGUGUGGCCAAGUUUGGCCGUUUUAUCGGGCCAGGCUUCCUCAUUGCUGUCGCCUAUAUCGAUCCGGGCAAUUACUCUACUGAUGUUGCCGCCGGUGCAUCUUACAAGUAUGCCUUGCUUUUCAUUGUGCUUCUUUCCAACCUUUUUGCCAUUCUGUUGCAGUCACUCUGUAUUAAGCUUGGCUCUGUCACUGGUCUUAAUCUUGCGGAGAAUUGUCGCGCACAUCUCCCCAGGUGGUUGGUCUACUUUCUUUACUUUCUUGCCGAAGCAGCUAUUAUUGCCACCGAUAUUGCAGAGGUGGUUGGAUCAGCAAUUGCGUUGAAUCUACUCUUAAAAAUCCCACUUGUAGCCGGCUGCGCCAUUACUCUGGUGGAUGUUUUCUUCCUUCUUCUUUUCUGGCGCCCCAAUGGAUCCAUGAUGGGACUACGCUUGUUUGAAUUCUUCGUCAUGGGGCUGGUGCUAGCUGUCGUCGUUUGCUUCUGCAUCCAGCUCUCUCUCAUCAAGGGCCAAUCUGUUGGGGAGGUCUUUCGAGGCUAUCUUCCAUCAUCUGCUAUUGUUCAAUCAGAAGGCCUGUACCAGAGCUGUGGUAUUCUCGGUGCCACUGUUAUGCCGCACUCCCUCUUUCUGGGAAGUGGAGUAGUACAGUCUCGUCUCAAAGACUUCGACGUCAGUGCUGGAUAUGUGGAGACUACAGUGCCAGUGGGAAGUACAGGUGGUGAAGUAGAGUAUCGACCAACCAUUCACGCGAUUCGCAGCUGCAUGAAGUACUCGAUCAUUGAGUUAUCGCUGGCUCUGUUCACCUUCGCUCUCUUUGUGAACAGCGCCAUUCUUAUCGUAGCCGGCGCAUCUCUGUCUGAUGUACCAGACAGUUCCUCCGCCAAUCUUUUCGGCAUCCACAAACUUUUGUCUUCGUCCAUCUCCCCGGCCGCUGGUCUUGUCUUUGCUUUGGCGCUACUGCUGUCUGGUAUCUCUGCUGGAAUUGUGUGCACCAUGGCUGGCCAGAUGGUGAGUGAGGGAAUGCUCAACUGGAGUAUUCAGCCAUGGCUCCGCAGAGUAAUCACUCGCUCCAUUAGUAUCAUCCCCAGUAUCAUUGUUGCAGCCGCGGUUGGUAAGGAGGGGCUUGACAAAACGCUAAAUGCCAGCCAAGUUGUCCUUAGCGUGAUCUUACCAUUUGUAUCCGCGCCACUCAUCUGGUUCACAUGUUUCAAUCGCUACAUGAGUGUUCCCAUUGAGCAAUCUGGCGACGGUGAUAGCGAGGAAGUUCAGGUUGUUCCAAUGCGCAACAGUUUGAUCACUUCCAUCAUUGCCGUGUUGGUGUGGCUGCUGAUUGUGAUCAUGAACGUGGCCCUAAUUGUUUUGACCGCCAUGGGAAAAGCUUGA